UAAUGCGGUCGAGUUGCUACAACUGUGCUGGAAGCUGUAGCAAGCGAACGAUUAACAGCAUUACAGUCCGAUUAUAAAGGUUGCACAACUAAGAAUCUUUAUACACAGCAGAAGCGUAUAUAGAUUGGAAGCUCGGAUAAAGUUGGAAAAGCCAGUAACAGUGAUUAACGUUGAACAGGAGCAGUGCAUAGAUCUGGUGUUAUAAUUACCGUCUUGUGCAGGUCAAAUUUGAUAAGAUCGUAACGCGAGGACGAUCUACGGUAAUAGAAAGUGUAACAAAGUAAAAGAAGGGAAAGGAAAAAAAGCACAAUAAUAUCUAGCAUAUUGUGCAGAAUUUAUGGUUGUGCAUGGUUGAUUAUUAAACCAACGAAACGUGAAUGUGUGCAACCGAAACAGUGUACUUGUGCAAAGUGUUGGCGUGUGGUGCGGAAGCGGUUACAUGAGAAUUAGUUCACACAUUUUAUCCCAAGUGGAACGUAACUCAUCCGUGCGAAGUGUAUGUUAGUGUUUUUGUGGUGAAGAACCGACAAACGUUACCACUACACACGUUUAGUAGUACGAGUCCGUAGGCAUACUGCCACAGAAUGACACCUGUUCUAAGCCGUCUACGGACGGUCAGCACAUUUGUGCUUUGUGCAUUUGUGCCAAUGGCAAUGUCUAUGAUAGUGAUCGAUAGUAAACCUUACGAUACUGGUCCUUGGGAUAUUUCAUCGGAUCCUUUGGUGGACACAACGACGGAGCUAAACUUUUAUUCGCUCCCGGACAAUACAACCGUAGCCGCCCCGAUGCACUUAACGCUGGACGAAAGAAUAGAGCUGGAGAAGCUCACCUGGCACUGGUAUCCUUGGCGAAGGAUUAACUACGAUGUACUGCCCGACGGAAAGAAGGUGCAGGUAUUUUGCUCCGGCGGUUCCUCUAUGGACGAUUUGCCCGAUGACAUAUUUACGCAGGAACAACGAAUGCAGGGUGCUAUCGUGCUUCACUUCGUUGGAGCGAUCUAUUUCUUUACGAUGGUAGCGUACAUUUGUAGCGAAUAUUUUCUACCAUCGGUUGAGUGUAUUUGCGAGGAUCUUAAUCUCACACAGGAUGUUGCAGCCGCUACUUUUAUGGCCGUCGCUUCCACCAUGCCGGAGUUCUUUACCAACACCAUCAGUACCUUCAUUGCAGAUUCCGACAUGGGACUCGGGACGGUUAUGGGAUCGCUGCUCUUUAACACACUCGGUGUGGCAGGAUUGGCUGGGUUGGCAACGAAAUCGCCCGUUCAGUUGGACUGGUGGCCGUUAACGCGUGACUCGAUCGUGUUCUCAGCACACGUUGCGCUACUGAUUGGAUUUGCGUGGGAUGGUCGCAUCUACUGGUACGAGGCAAUGGUAUUCUUCAUCCUGUUUUUCUUCUACUUCGUGCUGAUGUUUCAAAACAAGCGACUAAUGAAGAUUGCGAAGAAGUACAUAGAGGUGAAGUGGAAUUUGUGUGCGCGCGUCAUUCGCAACAUCGAGGAAGACGAAAGGAUCGCAGCAGAGGCGCAGAUACAGCAGGAAGUUGCUACCAUUCCAAAUCUUGCUCGAAAAACGCUCGAGAAACCAGCCUUCCGCGCAUCGACGGCUUCCAUUCUGUCCGAGCAAAUGGCUGAGACAAAGAUGAAGAUGGGCGAAUUACAGAUUCCCGCUCGACAUGUUGUAGAUGAUCCUGGCGAGUAUGAUGAUAUGACACUGUGGAAGAUCUCGUCCGAAACUUGGUAUCGGGCGGUUUGGUGGUGGUACAGUUGGCCACUACGCUUCAUCACCUACUUUACCAUCCCGCCACCUGCAAGGAUGCGAAAGUGGUACCCAUUAACGUUCAUCAUGUGCAUCGUAUAUCUUGCCGGGUGCGCCUUCAUGACCUUCUGGUUGCUCUCAAUCAUUGGGUACACUUUCGACAUUCCGGAGUCGGUGAUGGGUUUGACGUUUCUGGCCUUUGGUGGUUGCAUGCCGGAAGCCGUGUCCGCAGUAUUGGUUAUUCGCUCUGGCAGCGGUGCUAUGGGUGUAUCAAAUGCGAUGGGUGCCAACUCGCUCGCAAUCUUAUUUUCGCUCGGUUUGCCAUGGUUCAUCCGCACGCUGGCUGAUGGCGGCAGUGGUAACAAUUCGUAUCUUGUCAUUGCCUCGUACGGAAUGCAAUACUCCAUCAUUGCACUGCUCGGUGCAACUGCCUGGCUGUACAUAGUUAUCUACAUAGCUGUGUACAAGUUACGAAAGAGCGUCGGCUUGAUUUUGUUCCUCGGAUACGGUAUCAUUGUUGCCUUUAUGAUCCUGAACGAGCUGGAUGUUAUCAUACCAUCCGGUGAGGAGUGCUAGUAGCGUACCGUUUUAGGCAAUACCUACGAAACAUAAUAUACUCGCAGUAGACAACGGCAACAUUUCUACUCUCAAUCGGCGGCAGCCACUGGAAUACUCCCUAACAAAAUGCUCAAGCCCUGUCCUGAAGUGUCCAGAAGCUCAGCAAAAUAGUCUUUGAGUGAUGAUUAGUGUUAAGAUCACAUACAGAUACCAAUUUGAUUAGUUUUACUAGAUUCAUUCUGUUCCGUUCCCUUCCCAAGGAUGUGCCCAUUUUGUUAUCGCAGCGUAGAUCGCAGCUAAUUAUGGUAGUGUUAGUUAAGCGUAGAAUGUUUAGAAAAUUAUAGUACCACCUUCCAAUCACCGCAAACAGCAGGGCCUUUUGUUUUUCGUUGUUCAUUGUUGCUUUCUUUUUUUGAGUUAUGUUAGUUACGUUUGACCAGAUGGAUACUCCACCAGCCCACUAACGCUGGGCUUUGUUUGACGUUUGUUUAUGUACACUGCUCUGACUAAAUUUUGACUGACUACAUCGAUUUGCGCACUUGAUUGAGCUUUGCUUUGAGCGUUUCCUGUUUAUACAUUUUGAUCCAUAGUCACCACGAAUCACAGCCGCACAAGAUCGACGAAACGAGCGAAGGAGGGAGCAUAGAUUGCAAACACUAACGAUAAAAGGUAGAAGGUUUCAAUGUAUUUGUUGCGUGUAGUCCGUAAACUACCGUUACGCAUUCUACUACAGUUUGUAGCAACUCUCCGCGAUGAAUAUUCGUCACGGUUCACAAUGAAAAUAAAAUACUCUAAAGGCGUUUUCGAGAAAC